GCGAGCUUUGUGCAACAUGGAAGUUUCGUUAUGGAACGACUGUUUCUUUUCUUUUGCUAGCUUCAUUGUAUUUGUUGGCUCAGCAUCAUCUUUACAACUGAGUGAUUGUAAGGAGUUCAAAGUAAUUCCUCCUGAACAGUAUGAUAGAAAUGUCUCUUCAUUAACUGAUAUUACAAAGAGGCCCCUGGGAUAUAUGUAUGCAAAAGCAGACUAUCCCACUGUGCAGUCAGAAGUGAAAAACCCAUGUUUUUAUGUGAGGAAUUUGACUUCAAGAAAUGUGGAAGUCAUGAUUCAAACUCGUGUUUCUGGAAAGACUGUUUGUGUAAGAGAUAACAACAAACCUACUCCAAAGACAGAUUGUGCUCAGGGUGGAACGCUUAGUCUGGCAUGCUGGGAUCCAACAACAAAUGAUGUGAUAUUUGAGUUUUAUUGUGACCCUGGAAAAGGCUGUGAUACAGAUGUUCAGUUCUGGUUCAGAUUAACUCCAAGCCCCCCUGGAGCUGAUGUUGAUGACUGGUGUCUUGCCCGUAACAGUUUGUUUCCUCAUGAUUUGAAGGAGGUACCCAUACCACGAGAUAAAGAGCCAACUGUAAAAAGUUCAACAACCAGCUUUUCAUCUUGUAACUUCCUUUUGGGAGGAAUAUGUCUUUUGAUGUUGCACUGGUUUGCACACUUGCUAGAAAAUUGAAUUCCUGUUAAAGCUUGAUUUAAUUUUGAUUCAUCAAGUGUUGUCUCUUCAUGGAAGGUAGGCCAUUUGCGGUUGUGUACUUAGUUGCCAAGCCUUUGAUUUGGAGUGAGGCUGAAGGUGACUAUCUUGUGAUAUAGGCCAGUAUCUAGUUAGCAUGAUGACAUGAAGUUCUGUUUCCAAUGAAUCAAAACUAUGACAAACUUUGAGAAAGAAACUAGACAUUGGUUAUACAUUUUCAUUAAAAAAAGAACAAUACUUAACUUAGCGAAAUGCGUGACAACAGCACAUGCACGUACAUGAAGUGUACUGUCCACUUACACAGGCAUGACAUGUCAAUCGUCCUAUUACACUGUCCAGUUACAAGCAUGGCUAACUAAUCACGUUCUGCAAUUUUUGUUAUAGUUUUGAUUAAUAGUGUUGAUAUUUUCAGUGACAAUAUUGAUGGCAAUUUUUUAUCACUUUAUUUUUUUUUUUGUGAUCUUUCUUGGUCUCAAGAGUGGUUCUCACAUUAUCAAUACUUUUUCUAAAUAAAUGUUAAGGUUAAUUUAACCCUUUAACUCCCAUGAGUGACCAAGACAGAAUUUCUCCUAACAAUAUCAAUACGAUAUCGACCACAUAAGUGAUGAGAACAAAGAAAACCAUCAAUUUGGGGAUGAUUAGUUGAUCCAAUACUAAAUUCUCUGAACUAACAUAAGAAUUGUAUGGUUGACAGUAAGGAGAAUUACAAAUUUGUUCUGGGAGUUAAAGUGUUAAGUGAAGACUGAGAAGGAGAAUAAACAUGAAGUGGAAAUACUGUAAUGGUAGAGUUGAUAUCAUCAGUGGCUGAUCUAGGGAAGGGGCCCAGGGGUCCACCCACUCUCCUUAGCUCAAGGUCUGGAUCUGUUACUGAUCAUACAGUUACUGAUCAUACAGUUACUGCACACAUUUGCUGCAGUGCAACAAAGUUUAGAAGAAAUGAAUCAUAUCUCGAUCAAGAAGUUAGAAGAGAAAACACCUUGCUUUAGAUAUACAUUAAUUGAAAAAUUGCUCUGUUGUAAAUCAUAUAAAAUUAAUGUGUCUUUAGAAUAAUUAGAUCCUUAAAUUGAGCAUAUUUAUUUGACUUUGUAUCAAUGAGACAUGAUAGUAGUAAUUGUAACAGAUAUUUUAUCAAAAUGUUUCAAUAUUUAUCCUGUAGAGAUGAGGAUUAGCAAAAGGACAUUGAAAUGGUUUUCCUAAUUGGUUAGGGAAUAAGAAUUUAAUUUAAAAUUUAGCAAUUGACUGUGAGGAAAUUAUAUAACUUGAUUCUAGACCUCCUCACUCCCAGGAGUUACAGAAUAUAAAUUUUUUCAUAAGAUAUCAAUACAUUUUCAAACAGAAAUGUAUUGCUUGAUUUCAUACAAAUUUCUCAGAUCUAAAACUAUAAGAAAUGAAUAGCAAACAGAUGGGAGAAUUUAUCUUUAGAUCUGGGCCCAGUUGUUCAAAGGCAGAUUAGCUCUAACCCAGGGUUAAAUUUUAAUCCAGCUUUCUUUAUUUCUUUGUUCAAAAGUCUUUUUGGGAAAAUUUUCACUAUUCUUUUCAGAACAUCCUAUGAUCAAAUUGCAAGCAAAAAGAUUUGAACUGAAUUUUCUCUUAAAGUUUUCAGACCUGAAAUCAAAUUUCACACUAACCCUGGGUUACCUUAACCCAGCUUUGAACAACCGGGGCCUGGGGUUUGCAUAGUUAAACUACCACAACAUUACCAAAUGAAGUUUUAUUUAUUUUAUUGCCUGCUAUCAUCUGAAUUACGUAAAUGUUUUUAGUGAUGGUGUGUAAUUUGUAAAUAAUGCUAAAAUUUUCACUUUUAUAGAAAUAAA